AUGAGAAUAAAAUCAUAACCUUAAAAGUAUUAAGAAGACUUUUAAGAAACUAUUGAAACUAUAAGUAUUGAUCUAUCUUAUAAUGAAAAUAAUAAUGAAGAUCAAUAAAUAGAUAAUUGUUUAGAGCCUUUAUAUGAAGUUGAAGCUAUUAUUAUGAAAAAAAUAGAAAAUUAUGAAUCACAUUAUCUAAUUAAAUGGAAAGGAUAUUCUGAAUUGACUUGGGAACCCUUAUCAAGUUUAUAAAAUUGUUAAUUGCUUCUUGAAGAAUUUGAUCAAUAAGAAUAAUCUAAAAAUAUUAUUAUUACUAAAAAAUGUGUUACUAAUAAGACAAUUACUAAAUCAAAAAAAAAACAUAAUAAAUCUAAAAAAGGAGGUUCUUUUGAAAAUGAACAUUAAAUUUAAUCAUUCUAAAAUUUAGGUAGAAUUAUUAAAAUUAAUGGAAUUUAAUAAUAACAAUUGAAAGUAUAUAUCCUAUAUUUAUUAUUUAGGUUAAUUUAAAAUAAAAAAACAAUUUAAAGCCUAGAUCAGUUUGGAUUAAUAUAAAUGAUUUACAUAAAAAAGCUCCAAAAAAAUUAUUAUAAUUCUAUGAAUCACUACCUCCUAUUUAAUAAUUGUUUUAAUAAACAACUUCAAAAUCAAAUUUAAGUACAUAACAAUGA